AUGGGGGACAUAGCCAAGGACCUGACAGCCGGAACCGUGGGCGGGAUCGCCAAUCUGGUCGUCGGCCACCCGUUCGACACCAUCAAGGUCAAGCUCCAGAGCCAGCCCUGCCCUGCUCCGGGACAGCUCCCUAAGUAUGCCGGUGCCUUGGAUGCUGUCAAGCAAACGGUUGCGGCCGAAGGGCCGAGGGGGUUGUAUAAGGGGAUGGGGGCUCCUCUGGCCACCGUUGCAGCCUUCAAUGCCCUCCUGUUCACUGUGAGGGGGCAGAUGGAGGCUCUCUUGAGGUCGGAGCCUGGGGCGCCGUUGACGGUCAAGCAACAGGUCGUCGCUGGUGCUGGCGCGGGGCUCGCGGUCUCCUUCCUGGCGUGCCCAACAGAGCUGAUCAAGUGCAGGUUGCAGGCCCAGAGUUCUUUAGCUGAAGCAGGUGCUAUCUCCGCUGCGGCGCUACCAAAAGGUCCGAUGGAUGUGGCGAGGCAUGUCAUGAAGGAUGCUGGCCUCAAAGGUCUAUUCAAGGGCCUUGUCCCAACAAUGGGCCGUGAGAUCCCCGGCAACGCCAUAAUGUUCGGCGUGUACGAGGCAGUCAAGCAGUACAUGGCUGGCGGUCCGGACACGUCGAACCUCGGCCAGGGCUCUCUCAUCCUUGCCGGUGGCCUCGCCGGAGGAGCGCUGUGGCUCACGGUGUACCCCACCGACGUCGUGAAGAGCGUGAUCCAGGUUGACGACUACAAGAAGCCGAGGUACUCAGGGUCGAUCGAUGCACUCAAGAAGAUCGUCGCUGCCGAAGGAGUGAAGGGUCUGUACAAGGGUUUCGGGCCUGCCAUGGCACGCAGUGUCCCCGCCAACGCCGCCACCUUUGUGGCCUACGAGAUCACGAGAUCGGCUAUGGGCUGAUCCAAGGUUCCAGCACCAUCUCCAUCUCUUCUCCGACAUAGCUGAAGCAACAGUUCACAGAGCAAUUCAGACAUACAGAAACCAGGAUCACGGCAAGCAAAAGCACAAAACAUUAACCAUUCUUCUUUGCUGCAACACUAUGUUCCGAAAGAACUUGCAAAUAUUGGCAGCAAUGGCAGGAUUGUUGGCAUAAUAAAGGUUGAGCUUUACCUA